UUGACUUUGUUUUCUACGUUCAGUGUGGCACUGGUGCGUGAUCAACAGGCAGAUUCUCGCGAUCAUUCGCUUACGGUGCACAAUCGGCGCGCGUUUUUCACGUAGUUUAAACUUAUCUAUAGUGUCCGUGUCAAUAAAUAAUAACCGUCGUCGUUCCUUUUCACGAGCAGGUUUAUAUAUAAACGGCAAAUAUGAUUUUGUCGAAAAUAAUAGCGUGCAUCUUCAUACCAUUGCUGUCUUCCACGGCCGUUCAGUCAAACCGAGAUUUUGCUCAUCGUUUGACUACUAUUGAAGAUCUAGCGACUCGCGACAAUAACGUCAUAAAUGUGCCGGUAGCUUUGCCUACCGGUUACGUUGUAAAUCGACCGUCUCAAAAUAUGGUUUCUGCAGGAGAUCGAGUGGACGUUAACAAAGAACCAAGCAAAGAAGUUUCAGAAACUGAUAUGUAUUUACUAGGAGCUAUAGAAAAAUUAGUGCACAGAAUGGAUUUAAUGGAAAAGCGGUUGAAACGAUCAGAAGAACUCAUUCAACAUAUUGUUGAAGGAAAUGCAGCCAACAGAGAAGAUCCUUGCCCUGGAAAUUUCACGCGUAUCGCACAUACUUGUUAUCACUUUAGUGAGAGACAGUAUAACUGGAAAUCAGCCAUGUCGAUGUGCAAGAGUUUGGGAGGAAAUUUGUUAGAGUUCGAAAACAAAGACGAACAGAUUGAUGUGCUGACGUAUCUUAUCGGUGACAAGUAUCUAAGAGGUUACGACUAUUGGACGGGCGGCCUAAACCCAGGACUGCUUUGGAUAUGGGCCAACAGCGCGCGGCCCGUGGUUCCCAAGGAUUCGACUAGGCCCGAGGAUCAGAUCAGCGGAUCCGGUCGAUGUUUGCGUCUCACCCCCAACGCGGCGACCAAAGUGUAUACGUACUCUGGCGCCGAAUGCAGUAAUCGGCACCGGUACGUGUGCAAGCACGAGGAGAACGCUACGGAAAAGGCGCUGACCAGGAUACACAAAGCGCUCAAGGACGGUAGCCAACAACCGAAACCGUCAUCGGUCUUCGGAUCAUCGCCAUUGAUUGCGGCCACCGUAUGACCGUAUACACUACUUAUUAUAUAAUAUGAUAUAAGCUAAAUAGUAAUAAUAUAUUGUAAAUUAUGUGAUAACUGAUAAGUGAUCCACGCUUCAUCUAUAAUAUUUCGUGUAUAAAUAAUCAAUUGUGAUUGUUUUAAGUCCUACGACAAAAUUCAAACGCACGCGAAAAUCACGAACGGCUAUGAAACUUAAUUGUACAAAACGCGAGAUUAAUUUUACGUAUUAGGUACUGUAAGUUAUUGUUAUUUUUUUUAUUUAUAAACAAUUAUUGUUUUCCGAAGACAAUUUUUCAGCGUACGUAUUCUUUAUACAUUGUACGCAUUUUUUCAUAUUUAUGUUUAUUACACGUUCGAUGAAGUAUUCUAAUAAAAUAUCUACGAUUUUUUUUUUAAC